GAAGGAAACAGCGCCGUGGACGAAACUCUAGAAAACUGGGAAAAAGGGAACAAGAGGAAGCCGUUUAUUCACGUUUCAGUCGGUGAUAUAAGCGACAUCUUCGUGGAUUUAUUCAUGUUUUUGCGUGGUGUUCUUUGAGACUGGCACUGAUGUCUGAAAAAUAAAAUUCACGAAAUUCCAUGCCAUCCUAUUGAAAGCAAGUUUACUCAUGGAGUAGCAUAAGGAAAGGAGCAAGUCGGGAGUCAUGAGCACAGGUGUGAAGAAGCCGCCAGUGGCUCCCAAACCCAAACUUGCCCCCUCAACAAAGCCGUCGCCCCCUCCCAUCGCCCCAAAACCAGACCUCCUCUCACAGCCCUCACAACCCUCUCCCGCCACACUUAAACGAGCCAAACCUGCUGUGGCCCCCAAACCACGCAUCCCCAAGCCCUCUGGCCUGUCCACACCUCCAGCGUCCAAACCCCUCCCACCCCAAACCCCCACGCAGGCCGGGGACAUCAACUUAACCCUCCUCAACUCCAGGAACGGGAUCUUGACGGAGUCCCGCCACUUGGACUACGUCAUUCCUAUAUGCUCCUGUGGCCUCCGGGACUGCUCCCAAUGCAGACGACUAGGGAAUGGGAACGCCACAGAGGUCGGGAGUGUUACGCCGGACUCUCCAAAAAGAAAAGCCACGGAGAGCCCUGAAACGCAGGAGGAAGGAGAGAAGCGAGGAGUGACCACCAAGCUCACGUCAAAGGACAAAGAACAGAGACACGAGGGGCAGAGGAAUGGGGACGGGAACGGCGGGGACGGGGACGGGAACGCGGCGCAGAGGAGCCUGAAAGGUCAGCAGGGUCACGCCAGGUCAGGGGACCAGUGGUGCAAUGCUCGCGAGGUGGCGGAGACAUGGACACUUUCGCAGGCAGACACGGAUACUGAGGCCGUUAAUGCGCCGGAGACGCUUACAGAGACUGACACUCCUAAUGAACAACUGACACACGCCGAAAGCCAGAAUAUGGACAUUAAUGACAGCAACGCCGUUCCUCCCUCCCUCACACCGUUACUAGUGGACCCCCCGAGCCUCACCCCCCUUCAGACUUUACCCCUCAGCCUCACCCCGCCCCAGACAGUCCCUCCCACCCGCACCCCUCCGCAGAUUACCCCCCCCACCCUCGCCUUCUCCCAGGCGAACGGCGAGUCUGACGGCUCGCCGUCCCCGGCAGAAAGCACUGCGCACUCUUCCAGGACGCCCAGGUUACCCCUUGACCUCUCGGUCCCCGCCGCCCCUAGCAAGCCCCUGCCCGUGCCCCUCCCACGCAAGCCCCGUAAGCCGGUCCUGGUCAGGCAGAACGGCCUGGAGGCGGAGACACACAGCCGCACACAGGAGGAGGAUGUGGGGCGGAGCGAGUGGAGUGGAGGGAGGGGUCUGACCUCAGAGCAGGAGGAACAGGAACACACAGAAGUGAUGUACUGCACCCCACCCACUCAGGACCCCCAGAUCGAAGAGGAGCAUCACCCCGUGCCUCCCCCCAGACAGAAGUCCCUGUCCCCCCGCCUCCACCGAGGAGCCCACUGCUCUCCCCUCCUCCACCGAAACGCCUCCCACUCCCUGGAUCUGCUCUCCGAGCCCGACGCGUUGACCUCUGACCGUAGAGGUGAAGAGGAGGAGAAGGAGGAAGAGGGCGGUUACGGGGACUUCGAGCGCUACCCGGUCAGCCGCAGCCUGCCCAAACAGAUCAAGCUCAGCUGCCGCCUCCCCCCUGUCGGAACAACACCGCAGGCCCAGUCGGCCGAGGAGGCAGGUUCGCCCCGGGCACCCCCGAGGAAGCCGCAGAGGCACAGCCUGCCAGCGGGCGCUCCCCCGCCCGUCACCCCCCCGCCACCGCCGCACCACGCCAACACCCCUAUGAGGGAGCUGCCCGCACCCCCCCAGGAGAAAGCAGCCUGGCGCUUCCCCAGGCCCUUCUUCAGCCGGCAGAGCUCCAGCCGGCACAGCAGUGGGGGCGGCCACACUGGGGCCCCGCGGGGGAGGGCAGCUCUGCUGGGGGGGAAACAGAGGGCCCAGUCGUUCUCCUCGGCCGACCUGCUGGCACGCGGCGACAACACCAAGAGAAGCCUGUCCUUCAGGAAGCUCCUGGAGCUGCGGCUGUCCGUCAAGAUGUUGCCACGGUUUCUGGCCAGAAGCGGCCAGUCGCUGGACUGUACCGGUGGCGAGAGGACGGCGGACCGGUCCAACAGCAGCACGGCGCUGUCCGACGGGAUUGGCGAGGGAGACGAGUUGGUGGAGUAUGAGAACGUUCCUCUGUACGAGGAGAUACCGGAGUACAUGAACCUGCCUUUCCUCAGCGCGCGGCUGGACUGGCCACACACCCACAGGCGAGACCCGAGCACACACAGACACAGCGACUCAGAUGUCUACGAGGUGCAGGAUCCCUACGGACACUAUGAGCGACCACAUUCAGUUGACUAUGAGAGGGGCUGGCAUGGAUUGGACGAUGCACAUUCUGAGGAGGAGGUCCAUAGCUCGGAUGAGGACGACAACAGCUCCACCUCCAGCAAGGAACACCUGGAACUGUCAGAGGAGGACAGACAGCAGGAGGACGAGGUGAAGAGGAAAAAGGUUGUGCACAUCGCCCAGGAGAUCAUGAGCUCUGAGAAAGUGUUUGUGGAUGUCCUGAAGCUUCUUCAUAUAGAUUUCCGGGACGCAGUUGCCAAGGCGACACGUCAGAAUGGCAAGGCGGUGGUUGAAGAGCGUGUUCUUACCCAGAUCCUCUACUACCUGCCCCAGCUAUACCAGCUCAACAAAGACCUGCUGCGUGAGCUGGAGGAAAGGGUGGCGCACUGGGGGGACCACCAGAGGCUGGCCGACAUCUUUGUUCAGAAGGGGCCCUACCUGAAGAUGUACUCCACCUACAUCCGACAGUUCGAUAACAAUGUGGCCCUGCUAGACGAGCAGUGUCGGAAAAACCCUGGCUUCUCCGCUGUAGUCCGGGAGUUUGAGAUGAGUCCUCGGUGUGCCAGCCUGGCUCUUAAACACUACCUGCUGAAACCUGUACAGAGAAUCCCCCAGUACCAGCUACUGCUCACAGAUUAUCUGAAGAACCUUCCGAUGGACUCAUCUGACUAUAAGGACACACAGGCUGCUCUGGGGAUAGUGAAGGAGGUGGCCAACCAUGCAAACGACAUCAUGAAACAAGGGGAUAACUUUCAGAAGCUGAUGCAAAUUCAGUACAGCCUGAACGGCCAGCAUGAGAUCGUACAGCCAGGCAGAGUGUUUUUGAAAGAAGGCACUCUGAUGAAGCUGUCCAGGAAGGUCAUGCAGCCACGGAUGUUCUUCCUGUUCAAUGACACCUUGCUGUACACCACCCCAGUCCAGUCAGGACAGUACAAACUCAACAGCAUGCUGUCUCUGGCUGGCAUGAAGGUGAGUAAGCCCAGCCAAGAAGCCUAUCAGAAUGAGCUGAACAUUGAGAGCGUGGAACGCUCCUUCAUCUUGUCUGCCAGCUCGGCCACAGAGAGAGAUGAGUGGCUAGCAGCCAUUGCUACGGCGAUAGACGACCACACCAGGAAGAAGAUCACCUUCAUCUCCAGCCGGAGUCAGGAAGAGUCUGAUGGUGUGUGUGACAGUGGGGCCCCGCUGGGUUCUAAGGCCCCUAUCUGGAUACCAGACCUGAGGGCCACCAUGUGUAUGAUUUGUACCUGUGAGUUCACUCUCACCUGGAGACGCCACCACUGCCGGGCCUGUGGAAAGGUGGUGUGUCAGACGUGUUCGUCCAAUAAGUACUAUCUGGAGUACCUGAAGAAUCAGCCGGCCCGUGUGUGUGACCACUGCUUCGCCAAGCUGCAGGAGAAUAGUGACCGCGUUGCUUCUGCGGCCCUGUCUCCUGGAGGCAGAUCUGGGGCAUUCUCUUUCUCCAGGAAACACAAGAAGAUCCCAGCUGCACUAAAAGAAGUGUCUGCAAACACAGAGAACUCCUCCAUGAGUGGCUACCUGCAGAGGUCGAAGGGUAACAAGAAGCAGUGGAAGAGGCUGUGGUUCGUCAUCAAGAACAAAGUCCUGUACACCUACGCCGCCAGUGAGGACGUAGCUGCUCUAGAGAGCCAGCCCCUCCUAGGCUUCUUCCUGAGGGAGGAGAAGUGUGGACCAUUCCAGAAGCUACAGUUUAAACUGUACCACAAAAACACCCUGUUCUACAUAUUCAAGGCCGAUGACAUCCCCACUGCACAGAGGUGGAUAGAGGCUUUCCAGGAGGCUAUGAUUCUUUAACACCCCACACAGUUAACUCAUGUCCCACCCCUGGAGUCAGUUAAAGGACACCUUAUGAUACUUGACCUCUAGUUGCAAGUCGGGGUCACCAGCUCAGGAAGCGCUCCCCAAACACCAAGCCAUGCCAUCCCGAGCCCUGAUGAACCGGCCCGGCUCCACCUACUGGCCUCCAGGGGACCAUAGAGUCCCAUUGGUGUAAAGAGCGGAAGUCAUUGUAUUUCACGUGAAGAUAUGGACUUUGUGUCGUGCAUUCUAAAUGUUGGUAAAUUGCCCUUGGUCAAGCCUUUCAAACCCCCAUGCUGCCAGUGGAGUUCUGGAGCUCAUGUGUGUAUUGGGCCUCCCAAGCUGCAAGCGGCUGCAGAUUUGUCUGGUCUGGAUCCUGGAUUGAACAGCUAUGUGUCACAGCCGUUGGUCAAAGGUCAUGUCCUGAAGUGUGUGUGUGGAAGUGCAACGAAGCGAACGUCGGUGGACAGCCUGCUACCUUAUACAGGGAAUCCCACAUUUAAAGCAAUUGAAAAGGAUUUAUGUAAAUUGUUAUUGAUUUAAACCAUCCUAGGAUUUUGUUAUUUUAUUUUGGAAAUGUAGUAUAUUGUAAUGAAAGUUUAAACUUAAAAAUAGAUAUAUCAUUGAAUUUGGAAAAGUGUGGGAUCCUUGGAUUACACAAGCUGGCGCACUGCAGGGGGGUGGAUUCUUCUGUGAAAAAACAGGGUGCCAUAGACACGGAGAUGAGCAUCCUGCUCCUUGGAAAUGAAGUAAAAUUACAGGGAUCGCUUUCAUCCUUUUUGUCUGUAACGCUUAACUAAGGAGCAUUUAAAGCAUAGAAAAUACAGUAAACUGGAUCAAACUGGAAACUGCAUAUGUGCAAAUAUACUUCACAACCUAUAGAACAAAUGCAUUUUUAAAGAGUAUUUGUUGGCCUCCAAACACAACAGAGUGGUGCUUUGGUAAUUUGGGGAACUGGGAGACUCAAUUGUAAGUCUAGAGCUAAUAUUUGUAUAGAUUUGUACAUUUCUCACUGUCGAUAAUUACAUAAUUUUAGGAAUAUGAUUUAUUUGAUAACAGAGAUGGUCUUUGUCACUUUUGUACAAAAGAUAAGAAGUAGCUGUCUUUUCUUUUGAAUGCCAUGAUGGUUGGAAAAGCACAUGUUGUAACUAGUUUGCUUUAAACUUUCACAACAGACCUGUUGGACUCAUUAGGAAUAAUACUUUCAACCAGACCUCAUUUGUAUAGUUUUCUAAUUAAAUAAUUUAAAGAGGACAGAUUAAAAAAUAAUCCAGGCAUGGAAUUGAAAAUGAAAUGUAUCCCUUAGGAAAUGAUAAGUAAACCAACAUCCAGACAGUGCCUUAAAUAUUUUUCUUCUGUUAUCUUAUAAUAAUAUAGAUGCAGAAAACUAUUUAAUUAUGUGGUGCAUUGUUUCAUUAAUCAUGCCUUAGAUUAUUAUAUUAUCACAGUGAUUACUUUGGCCGGCCCAUCUCACAUUGAACAGUGUAAAUAUCCAUCAUCUAUUUAAAUUUAAACUUUUUUUUAGAAUUUCCAUUUUGUAUUAUAAAUGUACUUAACAGGUUGCACUACUAUACCAUUUCCGCUGGUGGCCUUAUCAGAUGUGUAGUUUAAAUCACAGAGUGGGACCAGGAAGAACUGAACAGAGAUUAUUUUAUGGUGACUAAAUCUUCUGAAACCGUCACUAGAGUGCGCAGUGUCUCAUCUGUUAACAAUGUUUCUGCAGUCAGGCACCACUUUUUAAUAAAACCUCUGAAAGUAACUGUA